GCCACUCGGGUGUCACGUGGAUCAGAGGCGGUGAUGGCGGGCUCCGGGGAGGAUGUACGAGAGCUCUUCAAGGCUGGUGUCCGCGCUGCGCUGGAAGCCUGGCCGGCCUUGCAGAUCGCGGUGGACAAUGGCUUCGGGGGCGUGCACAGCCAGGAGAAGGCCGAGUGGCUGGGGGUUGCGGUGGAAGAUUACUUCCUGCGCAAUGCUGACUUGGAGCUUGAGGAGGUGGAGGACUUCCUAGGCGAGCUGAUGACCAACGAGUUUGAUACGGUCGUGGAGGAUGGCAGCCUGCCCCAGGUGAGCCAGCAGCUGCAGACCUUGUUCUGCCACUUCCAGAGGGGCGACGGGGCUGCCUUGAAGGAGAUGGCCUCCCACAUCACACAGAAAAAGUGCAAGGUCACAGCCACCGCCGUUAGCACCCCAAAAGAAGCUGAUGAGAUUGAAGCCGAUGUGGACAGUGUGGAAGAGAUGGAGGUCACGGCGACAAGUGAUGCAGGUGUUCCUGGAGAGGCUCGCCCCCAGCCUGAGCGCGCUGAUCCAAGUGUGCCCACCAUUAAGGAAGAGGAUAUAGUGGAAGAUGGCUGGACCAUUGUCCGGAGAAAGAAAUGAGCAGGGCUGAAGCUGGUUUGGGCCCUUGGUUUGCUAAGUGUUUUUGAGACUUCCUUGUGUGUGUGUGGCGAGGGUUGUGGAGGGUUUUUGACCGCUGGACUGGCUACCCUUUCCCCAGCCUCUCCUUCAUUCCCCUGUCCAGUUCGCUCCAGGGUCCCUGUGGGUGAUAGGACCCAGCCAACCGCAUCCCCUCAGGCCUUAAGAUACCUUCUGCGUCUGGAGGCCCCAUUUCCCAGCAGAGUGCCUCGCCGGUAAUGGCAGUGUAAAGAGGGGAGGGCGCGAAUGAGUGUAGUGUGGCUGGAGCAGAAGCUUGAGCUUGCCCCUGGGCAGGUGGAUUUGUGAAGAGCAAGGACCAGAAAGAGAACUGGGGCUUGGCACUGAGGGCCUGGCUGGACCAGGAAGGGGGAGGUGAACAUGUAAGAGUUGUACGUGAGAAUAGCUGCAAUGCACGUAGUGUGGCCCGCUCUCCCCUCGCCUUCCUCAGCCUCCCCCAGCAGCCGUGUGUCCCUG